AUGGCCAUCGAAUGGACGCUUUUUGCACUGGCAUACUGUCUUGUAGGACUUCGGAUUGGUGUGCGAAUCGCCCGGAGGCAGCAGAAGCAUGUGAUCCUUUCAGACUGCUUGUUGAUAGCAUCUGCGCUCGAUUGCUUGGGACUAAUCAUAUGUGAUACAUGGACAUAUGCUCUGGGUGGCAUGCGAUACAUACCACAAGGUCAAGCAUUAUCAGCAGCUGAUAUGAAGAAUGAAGUUACUCUGGACAAGAUAUCCUUCGCCUCCAACUACUUCUACGACACGGGUAUGUACUGGCCUAAAGCCGCAUUGAUUGCUCUCUACUUCAAGAUCAUUCCGAGCACCAUGCCGCGACUACGGACAUCGCUAUACGUUGUCACUGGUUUUGUAGUCGCGUGCGCCCUUACCACGUGCAUGCUCGACACUCUGUGGUGCGCGCCAAACGUUGCAAGCAACUGGUCAUUGGAGGACGGUGCAUGCUCGACUUUUAAUUCGCUUCUUGUUCUGCAGAUCGAUUGGGCGAUGAACUGCUUCUCCGAUAUUGCAAUCUUCGUCCUUCCCUUUCCUCUUCUGCGUCAUCUCCAUCUCAAUCGCAACCAGAUAUACGGACUACUGCUCACGUUUGCGCUCGGGCUCGCGACCAUCGCCGUCAAUCUCGCUCGCUUCAUCACAAUUCAAACCGGCAACAAUUGGAACGCUGUAUUCAUAUGGUCCAUGGCCGAGAUGGCCGUCGCAAUCAUCGUGGUCUCUCUUCCCGCGCUGAAGACCCUCCUCCGUCGCAAAAACAAGACUUCUACAACAUCAAAGUCAUAUUCUGAUGGACAACACUAUAUGGUCACGGCGUCGCGAGGAAGAUCUUUGUUCGGAAGAGGUGACCCUUUAGAUGAUGAAGGCAGCGACGUGGAGCUCAAUCGUAUUGUGGGAAAGCGAGAUGUCAUUUACAAGACCAAGGAGGUCAGUGUUGAUUCGCGACCUAUCGAGGAUAGUGAUGAUGGAGGGCCGCUUGUUCUGGCUUGGACAAAUAAUGGCUAUGAUGGAAGAGCUGGGAAAAGUGGUGUCUGA